UGGCACCGUGGUUGAUUGUGUAUGUACAUGGCUGGUAGUGUGGUUAUAGUUGCUAUAUAUUUUAUGUUAAAUACCGAUUUAAGGUGUAAAAAAUAUGGCCCUAGACUUAAGGAACAUUUGCAGACUUUGCAUGCAAGACGAAGAUUCACUGCUACCUCUGUUUGAAGUGGAAAAUGGUUUGCCUGCUAAAAUUGAAGCAAUUUCUGCUUGCAUUAAGGUAUGUGCUGGAGAUGGUCUGCCAGCACAGGUAUGCCAGCAGUGUGUCCAACAAGUCAACAUUUGUUAUAACUUCAAGAUACAGUGUGAAAGGUCAGAUGCAAACUUGCGAGAAUACCUGCACUCUGUGAAGCCACAGGAAUUUUUGGCACAAGGUAAAACAGAAUGUCCUUCACCUGUAGCCUGGGAACGUUCUAUUAAGAAAGAGAAUAAUGAUGAAUUGGUUGAAGAAAAUGAAGAAUGUAUGGAAGAGGAUCCAAGUUGUAAGCUUCACAUUUGUGAUAGGUGUGGAAAAAAAUUCAGCAAUCUUUGUAAACUGAAAAAUCAUGGUCACACACACAUAGAAGAAAAAUCUUAUAUAUGUGCUCAGUGUGGCAAACGAUUCAGCCAGUUAUGCUCUCUCAAAGUACAUAAUUUAACACACACAGAUGAAAAACCACACAUUUGUGAUACAUGCGGCAAAAGCUUCAGUACAUGUGGGAACUUGAAAAUGCAUUCCUUCAUUCACAAUAAAGAAAAGCCAUACGUGUGUUCCAGGUGUGGCAAGGCAUUUAGUCAUCCCGUAAGUCUCAAAUCACAUACUCAAAGUCACACAGAAAAUAAGCCUUUUGUAUGUAAAGUAUGUUGUGAAAGCUUCAAUGCUCGUGAUGCUCUUAAAGUUCAUAUGCAGAAACACACAGGACAAAAGCCUUAUGAAUGCCCAUUGUGUGGGAAGGCCUUUAGUCAUUCUUUGAGCUUGAAGUCUCAUGCAUUCACUCAUUCAGGAGAAAAACCUCACGUUUGUAAGGUUUGUGGAAGAGGAUUUGUAACGCGAGGCAAUCUGAAAACUCAUUCUCUCACACAUACUGGUGAGAAACCAUUUCUAUGCUCGCUAUGUGGAAAGGAGUUUCGACAUUCUUUGAGUCUGAAAGCGCAUCAUCUUGCCCAUUCAGGAGAGAAGCCAUAUGUCUGUGAAGUUUGUGGAAGAGAGUUCCUUAUACGUGGUCAUUUGAAAACACAUAUGCUCACUCACACUGGGGAGAAACCAUACUUGUGUUCUGUUUGUGGGAAAGGUUUUAUAAAGAAUGGAGACUUAAAAAGACACUCUUCAGUGCACACCAGAGACAAACCAUAUGUAUGUUCAGUGUGUGGGAAAGGAUUUGGUCAGAAAUCUCAGUUAGAACCACAUAUGUUAAAACAUACUGGACAGAAAGCUCAUGUUUGUGAAGUGUGUGGCAAGAGUUAUACUGGAAGUCAGGCGUUGAGGAGACAUUCGUUAAUCCAUGCUCAGGAGCGGCAGAAUUAACAUCCCAACAAUUCAGUUCAUGCCUGGUGUUUAGUUGGAUCAGAAUUGGAUCUAUUUGAUAUAAAAAUUAUAUGAACAUACAGUAUUCAGUAAAAAUUCUUUCCUAUUCUGCAAGUUUAAGAUACUCAUAUUUAGAAAUUCUUCAGUUGUACAUACGAGUAAAUUGAAUCUGCUAGAAUAUAUAUUAACCAGGACAGCUCUGUCAUUAAAGUUACUGGAUGGACAAUGAAUUGGUUCCCAGCAGGGAUAAGGAUCUCAUCAUCACAGCCAGGGUGGUUCUGAAGCCCACCCAACCGUUUAUCCAGUGGGUACUGAAUGGAGUCUAUUUGGGUAAAGUGGCUGGAGUGUUGCUGA